AUGGCGACAGAACUCGAACAACUCUCUGCUUUCACCAUGAGUACCGGUGAUUCAGUCCAGAUUGUUGACACAGAUCAUGGAACCGAUUACCAAGAGAGAUUUCACAUUCCCCCAGACGGAAAUACAUCGAAAAAGGGAAAUUUGCCAGAUGCUGACUUUGUAUCAUUGGCAACCAUAAUCUCUUCACUUCACAGCAAAGGGCAGUUGAUGAAAUUCUCUGAUGAUAUCGACAAUCCUGCUGAGUGGAGGCUUGAACCGUUGGGCCGGGGCUCUGUUUUCUCGGCCUUUCAACAAGAGAUCAAGUACAAUAUACCAUCGGAUCUAAAGCGGGGAGCUUACCUCACGACUUCGAGGAAAAUUGUGAUUAAAAGAACAAAGCCACUCUUUAACAAUUUGGGACACCCAAGACGCACGGAAGAAGUCCAAAGUUUUAUCAAAGAACUCCGAAUCCUGUCUCACAAAUCGCUGAAGGAGAGCCCUUAUGUGAUCAGCCUCCUAGGAGUUGCCUGGCGCUGUGAGCAACUCUACCCUAACCCCGCCGUCCAGCCUCAACUGGUGUUAGAAGCUGCCAAUGGAACGCUUGAGGAUCUGCUUAGUCGCGCCAAUGAUCUCCCUUUCAAAACUCAGAUAAGUCUGGCGCGAGAUAUCACUCGCGGACUGAUCGCUGUUCAUGAUUGUCGCAUUAUCCACGGAGAUGUAAAGCCUGCCAAUAUUCUAGUAAUUGGAUCCACCUCGGCCAGAAUUGCCGACUUCAGUCAUUCUUGGACCGAUACCGGUGAACCAGUACGGAUUCACGUGGGCACCCGUGGAUUCAUGGCCCCGGAGAUGGAGCGAGGUGCAAUCAUUCGCAAUGCAAAAGCCACCGAUGUAUUCUCUAUGGGUGUUGUGCUGUGGCGAAUUUUUACAGCAAAUGAGGACUUCCCUCCCUCCUCAGCAAGGUAUACUGGAGAGCUAGAUCAUCGGGAUCAUCAGGAUGAUCUAGUUCUUGUGGCGGUACUGAGUAGGCUUGUGGAUCUACUUGAAGCAACUUCCAAUGAACCACGAUAUGAUGCAUUGAAGGGCAUGUUCUGUGCUAGCUUGUCCGAGUCCCCUGAGAAACGAAACCUUUCCACUGUGCACUCCGAAAUUUCUCGUCUGUCACCUGAGGGUCACAUCAUUGAACAGUCCGAAGAGGGGUCUUUAAGCCCUUCCUACGGUGACUUGCAAACUACUAACACCGUUCCCGAACUAGACUUGAAGGAAACCUUUUUCAAGCAAAUUUCUCAAACACCAGACGACCCACGACAGGCCCAAGCGUUUUAUGAGCUUGGGGUCUCAAGCGUCUCCCGCUUUGGAAACCCCAAUGAAAUGGUUCCUGAUCGAGCUCUUGAAUACUUCUUCGCGGCUGCCAAGCACGGAAAUAUGACGGCCAAGGGGUAUUUCAAACGACUAUUUGGUGCCCUCUCAGACGGACAGUCAACAGAUCACCACCUAAUUAUGAAGGACUAUAUCGAUACAUGGCUUUUAGAAGCUGCUGUUGCGGGUCACCAAACAGCUUUCGACGAUUACACAGCAGAAGGAACAGAUUCUUCGAAGAAAGCAAUGGUCAUUGAUCUUCAGGUAUCAGGCCUAUUUGAUAUUCAAGCCGAAUUGCCCGAUCUGGAUGAAUUUCGAAAAGAAGCGGAACUUUUCUCGCGUAGAAAAGCGCCACCAGUGCCGUACAACAGUACAGCUGUUCACUGGGCAGCGUACAAAGACCUCGAUGAACAUAUUCGAAUACUAGUAUCUGAUAUAGAAUUCGAUAUCAAUUUUCGAAAUGACCAUGGAGAGACUCCACUGAUGACGGCAUGCUCCAUGGGAAACCUUAAAGCCGCUUUGGCUCUGGUAGAAUGUGGAUGCGAGGUCAAUUAUACUAACAAUUACGGUGAGACUUGCCUCCAUUAUAUCUGGCGAUUUUGCGAUGAAGAUGCCAAGUGCCUAUUGCGGGUUUUGGUCAACAGCGGAAUCGAUUUUGAAAUCAUUGCUCCGAUGAAAAGAGUGCACUAUGAUGGGAAAACGGUCAACAGACCGACGCUGGAGACCAGUCCUUUGCCAGUUUUGCACGGCACAGCUAUUGAACGCGUGGCUGCUCGUGGAAGACUGGUGCUGCUAGAUGAGUUUCUGAGGCUCGGCCCUUCUAUCAAUCCUUCGAAUGGAAAUUUAGUUCGCCGGAUGAUUCUUUGGGCUUCAAAACUGAAUUUUCCCGAUAUUCGAGAGCUCCUAAUCCAGUACGGCGAGAGUCGACACACCAACGACGCAUGGAAAAAGGCUCCAAUGAAUCCUCGUCUUCCACCCAUUGAAAAAAGUUCUUGGGAGAACGGAGGAUUAAAGAAGGAUUAUAUGGGUGCCGUGGCUCAAGGAUGGCUGUCAAGUAAAGGACAGGGCUGGUCGACUCCAGAGUCUUUUUGGAGGUUAUGCUGCCAUGGACAGCGGUGGAAAAGCAAUCUUGAAGGCACCAUCAGAGAGAUUGUGAAAAACUCCGACGAAGCGAUUUGUCACUUUGAAGAACCUUUGCGCCAUGCAAUGAGCGACCGCCGCCCGGAAUUCUGCCUCGCUUUCUUGACAAUGUACAUCAAUGACCACGUUGCAUACCCUUUCCCUGGGCACGAUAACGGACAACAUACAUGUGAAUCUUAUCAAAACCCACAGAAGCACAUGUGCGGGUUUGACAUAAGCCCUCUGACACAGCGAGCCAGCCUGAUUGAUCGAAUCCUGUUCAAAAGCCCACAGAAGGACAGGUGCGGAUUUGAGAUAAUCCCUGUGACCCAAAAGGCCAGCCUAAUUGAUCGAAUCCUCUUCAACAAUGAUGGAACUUUACUACAACGUUCAAUCAUCGAUGGAGAUAGAAGGAUGUUUCAAAUCCUUGGUGAUCUACAGGCUAGUCUCAUACGGCCAUGGUCUGAAAUGAAACCUAGAGUGCAUGAAAAGACCCGAUACAAGACUAUCCGGGAGAUGGGCACAAGGAGGUAUCUCAAUUGUUAUUCUGUGCUUGCUAUUCACUCGAAAGAUAUAUGGUUCGCCUGUGAAUUUCAUCGGCGGGGGGUAUCUCAUGACCAUUUGUCUCCCCAAAUAUUUUCCGAUCUAUGGGGCCAAAGAAAGCAUUACUAUCCCGAGUACUGGCCACCUCUCUUGCAUGCUCUUGAUGAGGGAUUUUACCUCCUAGCAGCAUUCCUGUUAGCUCAUGGAGCAAGUUUCGAAGAGUCCGUCGGCCCUGGGGUAAAUGUCUUUGAUCGUGCCCUAUCACCAAUAGCAUUAUCUUCUGGCACAGCACAAUUCAUGUUCAAAUCUAAUGGUGAAUAUUUUGAGCCAAGUGGCAAGAAGUCCUCAAUUGACACAUAUUUGCUUCCUUCUCGUCUCUUCGAAGAGGGCAAUGGCUACCAUAUCCUUGCAAUCCUCGCUGCCAAAUGGGACCAGUCGGCCCCUGACACCAAGGAUAAGGUGUUUUCUCCCUUUCUUUCCUCUCCACGCUUACUAUUUCCAAAGUUCCAGUGGACCUUGCGUUAUCCUUGGGAUAGAGCAAAGGUGGUAGUCUAUCCUGCGUUCUUUUUGCUCAAACUUUUCACUUUGAUAUUGUCUGUUCAUUUCAAUAUCAUGUCCAGCGGCCAAAAUGCGCGUCCUCCCCCCCGCACCCUGAAAAAAAGGCCAACCCCGGAGGACUCAUCCAGCCUCGAAUCUUAUUCUACCUAUCACGAGAAUCUCCUCCCAGUCUUUUCAAAGGUCUGGGUUGAGAUGCUUAGUCUAUUCCCCGAUGCCCGAAUCACUAGCCAAUUCAAGUAUGGCAAUCCUCAUUGCGAAUCACAAUCGCUCCUAGCAUUUUCCAUCGCUGGUAAUGAGGGUCGCCAUGCCUGGUGGCAAUCGUGGCUUUGCGGGCAGGUACCAACGUGCCAUUUUGCCUCACAUAAAUCUCCUUCGGAUGAAAGGAUCAAGAUGAUUACUGAGACUCUUAAUCUCUACGAGCGUACUGUCGGCACUCACAAGCCCACACUGAGAGAUCUGUUCUUGUGGAAUGAGUAUAGUCUCUUACCUUCCGACCACGCACUUGCCAAACGUCUUCACAAGCUUGGCUUUCGGCACUCUGCCUUGUCCUUUAUAGAAGUACGGAUACUCGGACAAUUAUUUUUGUUCGCGAUACUCUUCAUGGGCUGCUUAGCUGUGAACCGCGGUGUGAGUCCCAAUUUCGACGAGGAGGGUAAACCCCACUGGGGGCUCGAAACCCAGUGGCUAUGGCUUGCAUACUUGGCAGGUGGUAUCCCACUCUACGCAUCUCUUCUUCUAUCUUUCUUCGAAAGACCAUACCUCUUUGAGAGAUUAGUUGUGGUUGGUCCAUUCUGGCCUUCCUCUGGUGUCUGA